AUGGUUGUCGAUACCACAUACUACGAGGCCCUCGGUGUCAAACCCGACGCAUCGGAGUUAGAAAUCAAGAAAGCAUAUAGAAAAUUAGCUAUUAUCACUCAUCCAGAUAAGAAUCCUGGCGAUGACACGGCGCACGAGAAAUUCCAAGCUAUCGGCGAGGCAUAUCAGGUCCUUAGUAAUGAGGAUUUGCGCAAACGGUAUGAUAAAUUUGGAAAGGAUUCCGCACAACCUGGGGAAGGGUUUGCGGAUCCGGCAGAGUUCUUUGGCACAAUUUUUGGAGGGGAGGCGUUUGUGGAUCUCAUUGGAGAAAUUACGUUGAUGAAGGAUUUGACAAAGACUAUGGAUAUUACCAUGCAGGAAGGUGCAGAAGAAGAAGAAGAAUUCCCAGGGACUGAAGCAGCCAAACGGGAGAGUAUGACCGCAGAGAAUGAAAAAGCUGGACCAUCGGCGGCUGCUGCAGACGGUACAGCUAAACAUGUACCCUCCGCGUCUGUAUCUGACGCUACAGAUUCUCCUGCUCCUCCAUACUCGGAGAAACCACCAGUUGCCCCCAGCCCUGCUGGAUCAGGAACAUCAACCCCUAGACGUACUACUCAAAUUCCUCUCCGACCGGCCAUCAUGAACCAAACAGAAGAGGAGGCUCAAAUGGCUGCUGCAGGACUCACAGAGGAGGAGAAGGAGUUGAGGAAGAGAGAGAAGAAGAAGGGCGGUCUCUCAAAGGCCCAACGUGAAGAACUAGCUGCUUAUGAGAGGGAACGUGCCGCGGCUCGUAAAGAACGAGUCGACACAUUAGCAAAGAAGUUGGUAGAUCGUAUUAGCGUAUGGACAGAGACAGACAAGGGACCAGAUGUUACCAGAGCAUUCCAAGAGAAGACACGACUCGAGGUAGAGAACCUCAAGAUGGAAUCUUUUGGUCUGGAUAUUCUUCAUGCGAUCGGUCAAACUUAUCUCCAAAAAGCCACCGGACUUCUCAAAUCUCAGAAAUUCUUAGGUAUCGGCGGGUUUUUCUCCAGAUUAAAGGAUAAGGGAACUAUCGCAAAGGAAACCUGGAAUACAAUCUCUAGCGCUAUCGAUGCGCAAAUGACCAUGGAGGAAAUGGCCAAAAUGGAAGAGAAAGGCGGCGAGGAUUGGACUGAUGAGAAGAAAGUUGAAUAUGAGCGUCGCGUGACCGGAAAGAUCCUUACAGCUGCAUGGCGCGGAAGUAAAUUUGAGAUUCAAGGUGUUCUCAGAGACGUUUGUGAUGAGAUUCUGAACGACAAGAAGGUUCCCAUGUCAAAGAGACUCGAGCGCGCUCAAGCUUUAGUUAUUUCGGGUGAAAUUUACUCCAAGGCUCAACGCAACCCAGAAGAAGAAGGCGAUUACAUGGCAUUCGAACAAUUGGUCGCUGAAGCAGCUGCGAAGAAAGAGAACAAGAAAAAGGGAAAGGAUAAGAGGGAACAUGGUCAUCAUCACUCACACCACUCGGACGCACAAGCUGCCGCUGAUGAUUUACCUAAUGUUCCUAAAGCUUAG